ACGCAGGCGCCGGGCGGGACGAGAGCUGACGGCGCCGCCGAGGCCGUAAGCUCCAGGCUGACCCCGAGCUCAGGUCGCGCCGAGCGCUCCGCCCCGCGCCCAGAUCUCGGCCCAGGUUAACAUUACACGGAGGUUUCACUGAGAUCCAGAGAAGACCCCCAACAACUCCGAGGCUGGUGAGCAAACAGGUGCUGGUACCCACAGAUCCCACAGAACUCAACUGCUUUCUCAGCAACUUUGCAGUUUGAGGGCCUGUGCGUGCAUCUCACCCUACCACGGCCAUGGCCCUGGUCAGCAUCAACCAGCUGCCCGAGAGCAUCCUGCUGGAGGUGUUCAUGCACCUGCCCGCCCGCCAGCUGCUGCUGAACUGCCGCCCUGUCUGCAGCCUCUGGCGCGACCUCAUCGACCUUGUGUCCCUCUGGAAGCGCAAAUGCCUGCAUGAAGGCUACGCCACUGAGGACUGGGACCAGUCCGUGGCUGACUGGAAGGUCUUCUACUUUCUGUGCAGCCUCCGCAGGAACCUCCUGCGCAACCCGUGUGCCGAAGAGGAUAUGAGAUCCUGGAAAAUCGACUCCAACGGAGGGGACCAGUGGAAGGUGGAGAGCCUCCCCGGGGCGCAUGGCACAGACUUCCCUGACCCCAAAGUCAAGAAGUACUUUGCCACGUCCUAUGAGAUGUGUCUCAAGUCCCAGCUGAUAGACCUCAAAGCCGAGGGCUACUGGGAGGAGCUACUGGACAAGUUCCGGCCGGACAUCGAGGUUAAGGACUGGUUCGCCGCCAGAGCAGACUGUGGCUGCACCUACCACAUCCGAGUACAGCUGGCCUCGGCCGACUACCUCGUCCUGGCCUCCUUCGAGCCCACGCCCAUGACCGUCCACCAGUGGAACGAUGCCAGGUGGACAGAGGUCUCCCACACCUUCUCGGAUUACCCUCCAGGUGUCCGCCACAUCCUCUUCCAGCACGGGGGCAAGGACACCCAGUUCUGGGCAGGCUGGUAUGGUCCCCGCGUCACCAACAGCAGCAUCGUCGUCAGCCACAGGAUGACCAGGAACCCGGCCCCGUCCGUGGCUCAGCCCUAGACCAUGCAGGGGCCAGAGGAGGUGACCCACCUGCCCUCCCCCCUCCACCUCCACAGGCCCUCCUGACAGUCUGUCCCCUGGCAGCCAUUCAUCCGUCCUCUGUCUGGGCCAGCCGAGUGCCAAAGGUCCCCUCCAGGCAAGGCAUGAGCCUGUAGGGGCAGCGAGGCCCCUGCCCCAGUUCCAACCUGGGGCAGACCCACCGGUCUGUGAACUUACUGUCACGUAGCUCUGACAUUUUGUUGUAAUGUUUUCGGUAAACCCAGCCUGGGGUCGGGUCUAGGGGUCGGGGUACAAGGUCCUCGGCACUUUGGUAGAGAAGCAGCCUCCCUCCCCUCCAGGUAGUGACAGCCCAGCUCAGCCCUGGGGGCUCUUUAUUGAAACAACUCACAGCACAGUAUUUGAGGCAGCGUUGGCCAGCUGAAUCCCAGGAGGCUGAGAAACUGAGGUCCCAGCACCCUUCCCUGCCCUCCUGGGGAGGCUUCCUCCAUGAAGGCAACCAGGCCUGAGCAGCCCCAGGCUGGAGGGUGGGUGGUCCAUACAUAGAGGCAAUAAGAGCACUUGGAAUCAGGGUGGCCCUGCAGCACUGCCCUAGGCUGGGCCCCCACAGUCCGACAGUUGCGGCAUCCACGGUGGGCAGGCACACCCUCAGCUGCUUUUAUGAGCUCGCUCUUCCACGUAGAGCUGCAUCUAAUGGACAGGAACGAACACCAUGGUCAGGUGGACGGCCAGGGCAGCUACUCUGGAGAACCCAUGGGGUCUCUGACAAGGGUGGGCUAUGUGGCCCCAGCCAGGGGUUAAGGGAAAGAGGGAGUUGGGAGCCUAAAGCCAGGCACGCCCUGGUCAUCUCCCCCGAGCCUUGAUCCACAAGCCGCCUGACAAGGCCUCAGCACACCCUAAAUAAAGCACACUCGGGCCCCAAGCAGCUUACCUUUAA